CUUGUAUUUAAACUGUAUAUUUGUGUUUUGGUGUAAAUAAUUUUAUUUCUGCGCUGUAAAAAUAAUUUUGUUGUCAAUAGAUACAUUUUAGAACUUACUUUUAGAAAGUAUUUUCAACAUAUGUGUUUCUUUCAUUACUCCUGUAAUAAGAUAAGAAUGAACUAAAAUAUAUAAAUUUAUAGUGAAAUUUUAUUCGGUAUGGUGUCGUCUCCGACGCGCUAAGGUGGUAUAUUUAUAUUAAAUCUCAUCAUGGGAGAUUUUAAAGUACGUCAUCACGUAAGUGAAUUAAUCAGACUUCUUGGAUUUACAGAGAAAAUGAGUGAAGGUGCCUCAUGUGAUGAUUAUAGUGAAAUUUUGGAGAAAAGUCGUUCACAGUGUCCAGUCACAAAAGCUUCAUCGCUAGGAGCUAUUAAGAAGUUAACAGAGUUGUCACCUUAUCCAGAUCAACUUAUUCAAAAAUAUGAUGAAUUAAAACUCAAACACUCUAGAGAAGUGGAUCCACUAGUAUGCCUUCUCUCUAAAAUUCAAAGUGAUGAAAAGGUAAAAAAUAUUCUUAAACAAAGUGCAUCUGGAAAGGUGGACGAAGCAGCUAAUAUGAGUAGCAAAUCAUCACUGGGUUUAAAUGGGCAUGCUUCACAGAAGGAAGUCCAAACAAUUCGUCAGAAAGUACCAGUUUCUGUUCUUUUGAAUGAAAGAAAAGAAAGUUCUGCAAAAAGGAAUGUUCCUCCUGGUAUCUAUGCUUUGCCAAAAUGGGUGAGAGAAAGGCCAAAUUUAAGCUGGGAUUUUGUAUCUGAAUCCAGGCCCGAUUUUAUACAUAGUGGGCCAAUUGGAACUCUACCUCCAAAUGUGCAGGAAAGUCGUCUUAUUGAUGAUAUUCUCUUUUGUCUUGUGGGAAUUGAAGGAGAUUAUAUUCAUACACAGAAGAUCUCAAACUUUGAUUCUAGAAGAAAUUUUACAAUAGAUGAUAGUGCAAGUAUUGCCCUAAAGUUACUAGUACAAAAUAUGCUUCCAAUGUUUUCCCAUUACUCAACAAUAAUUCAUUUUGUUGAAGAUAAUUUACAUUAUGAAGAAGGUUUGAUCAAUCAUGCUCUUGCUGCUGGUAUGCGUACUUUCUUAAAAGACUAUUUUAUUCUUGUGUCACAACUUGAAAAUCAACAUCUACAGAAAAAUUUAACACUUCAGAAGCUAUGGUUUUACAUACAACCUUCAAUGACAACUAUGGAAACUAUUGCUAAUAUUGCUUCUACUCUCACUAAG